AUGUCGAAGCUCAUAGACUAUGUGGAGGUGCAAAAGCACACGACCAAAGACUCGUGCUGGGUCAUCCUCUACGGUAAUGUGUGGGAUGUCACAAACUUCCUGCCCUCUCACCCCGGCGGAGCCCAGAUAAUCCUCAAACUCGCCGGCAAGGACGCCACGGAAGAGUACGACCCCAUCCACCCUCCGGGCACACUAGAGGAAAACCUCCCCGAAUCCGCUCGCCUGGGUCCCAUUGACCCCAAAAGCCUGCCGAGACCGGUGAAGCCGGUGCAAGAUGUUGGACCAUCGGCGGAUAUAGAGGCUGAAGUCGAGAUGCCGUUGAAGGCCAUGCUGAAUCUCGAUGAGAUCGAGGCCGCUGCUACCAAGAAGCUGUCCAGAAAGGGUUGGGCCUAUUAUUACUCCGCCGCCGACGACCUAAUGAGCAAGCAGCUGAACAACACUGUCUAUCGCCAAAUCCUGCUUCGGCCGCGGGUGUUCGUGAACUGUCAGGACUGUGAUCUCCGCACCACAUUUCUCGGGUAUCAACUGGACUUGCCCAUCUUCGUCUCACCCGCCGCCAUGGCUCGCUUGGCUCACCCGGACGGCGAAUGGGGGAUCGCACAGGCAUGCAAGAAAUUUGGUGCCAUGCAGAUGAUCUCCAACAAUGCAAGUAUGACCCCCGAGCAGAUCGUGAAAGAUGCUGGCCCGGACCAAGUGUUUGGCUGGCAGUUGUAUGUGCAGACUGAACGGAAGAAGAGUGAGGAUAUGUUGGCCAGGAUUAACAAGUUGAAUGCGAUCAAGUUUAUAUGUCUCACCCUCGACGCACCGGUACCUGGGAAAAGAGAGCAUGAUGAACGCGGAAAGUUUAUAGUCGAGGAUACGAGCCAGGCCAUCAAGGAUGCCGGGGGUGCAGAGUUGAAGGGUGGCGGUGGCAUUGGACAAAGUCUGUUCUUUGGCACAGAUCCGACGUUGACCUGGACGGAAACGCUGCCUUGGUUGAAGAAGCACACCAACAAGCCCAUCAUUCUCAAAGGCCUGCAAUGUCACGAGGACGCGUAUAUCGCUGCACAGCAUGCGCCCCAGGUCAAGGGCAUUAUUUUGUCGAACCAUGGUGGUAGAGCUGCGGAUACGGCGCCGCCGUCUGUGCAUACCCUGUUAGAGAUCAGGAAAUACUGCCCCGAGGUGUUCAGCAAGAUUGAUGUCGUUGUUGAUGGUGGGAUUAAGCGAGGUACGGAUGUGGUCAAGGCAUUGGCUCUGGGUGCGAAGGCUGUUGGUAUUGGUCGCGCCGCCCUCUUCGGACUGGGUGCCGGUGGGAUUGAAGGAGUCGAGAGAGUGUUCGAAAUACUCAGGGACGAGACUGCCACAGCGGCGCGGUUGUUGGGUGUUGCAAGGCUGGCCGAUCUGGGACCGGUGCAUAUCAAUACCAGGGCUGUAGAGAGGGAUAUUUAUGAUGGACCCGCUAAUCUGCCCAGCCUUGAGGGGGCCAUGAAGGGACUCUGGAUGAGGUCGAAGCUGUGA